AGACUUCCGCUUUCACUCCUUGCAGAUUUCCAUGUGUGCUAAAAUACCUAAGAGCACCUUUCAACAUUGUUAUGCGAUCUGAGCCCGAUGGAACACCGUGCAAGUAUAUGGGCCACUGUAGUGGGGGAGCCUGCCUCAAUAUCAAGAAUUACACUGCAUCAGGACGUGUCGAACGAGGCCCCAGCCACGCCAUAAGAAGUAAUCACAAUAGCAUUGCGAGUGGCAACAGUCAUGCUAGCGAGGCUCCCGUCUUAACUAGCGCCGACUAUGCGAGAUCCGACUUUCUCAGUGAAACAAACGUCAUUCACCAUGCUAGCCAACUUAUCAGCGAAACUGCAAAGGGAAGUCGCAAAAGUUUUUUUGCCCAAGAACCAGGUGCUCGAAAUGAGCAUCAGCGGCUGUUACGUGUGAAGCGUGCUGCGCGACGCUCGAGCUAUGAAGAGCGUCUCGACAACAGAGUGAUCGAAAGUGGGAAAUAUCAGUCCCUGGCAAGAUUUAGACGAAGCCGUAAAAAACGCAAAAGAAACAGAAACGGUGGUAAUUCUCGAAGGCUUUAUAACGACUAUACUUAUUUCAAUGGAAACAUGAACAAAGCAGGAAGCGUCAGGUAUGGCCCAUCCUACGUCCCACGCAACCCUUCUGUCCUUAUAGUUCAAACACCAAACAAGAAACGUCGUAAAGGUUUUUCGCUUCUGAAAGCAGUGGCCGGCGGUGCGGCCGCAGGUGGCGUGGCUGCCGCUGCUUACAAACUUCUUAAAGGGCGGAAAAAGAACGAACACGCAAGUUCCAGCCCUGCUGAAGGUGCAGAAUCCAAAAUCCCUGAACCUAAUAAAACCGACUCGAAAGCAAACGCUUCUGGUACUGAAGCUACCGUGACAGCGAAUACUAGCGAGACAGGUAUCGGCGCCUCGGAGAGCGCCGGCAAAGCAAAACACGAAGAGACGGUAAAAAUCACCGGUACUGAAACCGAUGUGACUAACAAAAGCAAGGGUACUGAAAUCGACUCGACCAAAAAUACUAUAACCAAGGAGACCGAGAAAACAAAGGGCAACGGAACCAACGCGACCGUGGAGACUGGAACCUUCAAGACCGACAAAACCGAACAUACUGAAACUGAGAAAACCAAGAUUUCUGGAACCGGCAUUACCGUUCGAACCAUCGGUCCUGGACCCAAUGCUAUAGAGAAAAGCCAGAUUACUGGAACAGAAGCGGCUGGCGGUACUGGAACCGAUACGACAGAUAAAAACGCUGACAACAGCGGCAGCGCUUCUCCACUCCUUACACCGUCAGUGCGGACGGGAGCAACGGGAGGUACUAAACUACAGGUGUCAAUUAACAAUGAUGGCGUUGUUACUCACAUCACUGUUUACACAGGCCAUGAACGGCACACGGCUUAAAGGUUCAAUAAAGAGUUCACUGAAGGCACAUGUUCUACUAACAAAUAUGAAUAACCAUGGCAGAGGAGCCAUAUAAUGAACAACUUCUUUGGCAUUUGCGAGAGUUGUUAUAUCACCGCUGGCAACUGAGUAUAGACAGGCAAUGGG